CCCGACACUUCUUGCAUCAAAUUAUCACGGGUAUGCUGUACCUUCAUUCUCAUGGAAUACUGCACCGGGACCUCACCCUUUCUAAUAUCUUACUCACCAAUAAUAUGAAUGUCAAGAUUGCUGAUUUUGGGCUAGCAACUCAGCUGAAAAUGCCUCAUGAAAAGCAUUACACCAUGUGUGGAACUCCAAAUUACAUUUCUCCAGAGAUAGCCACAAGGAGUCCACAUGGACUUGAAUCUGAUGUGUGGUCUUUGGGCUGUAUGUUUUACACUCUUCUUAUUGGAAAGCCACCUUUUGACACCGACACAGUCAAGAACACGCUGAAUAAAGUAGUAUUAGCAGAUUAUGAAAUGCCAGCCUUUUUAUCGAGAGAGGCGCAAGACCUUAUACAUAGGUUACUUCGCAAAAAUCCGGCAGAUCGUUUGAGUCUUUCCUCAGUGUUGGAUCAUCCUUUUAUGGCCAGGUGUAGCUCUGCACGGAGUAAAGAUUCGGGAACUUCAGAAGAUUCCAUGGACAGUGGAAAUGCUACCAUCUCUACAACCUUCACAGGCUCUUCCAGCAUCAGUACCAGUGGUUGCUUGAAGGAAAAGAAGAAGCUGUUGGUUGGACAGCCGCUCCCAAAUAAAAUCACUUUUUUUCCUAAAAACAAGAAUUCCAGUAAUACUUCAUCCGUAGAUGGAAGCGGUUCUUUUCAUCAGUGGGGAAUUCGGGGAAAAGAGACUGGCAUAACUGGCAGGGGAAGAACCGUGCAACUGGCUGAAGAGAGACCGCAUUCACGCUACCUCCGAAGAGCCCACUCUUCAGAUAGGUCUGGCACAUCCCAUAGCCAGCCUCAAGGCAUACUGAAUGUUGUUGAGAGAUGUCACUCUAUGGAACUGCUUUCGAAGCCUAAAGUAGGAACAAGGGAAAAUACAGAGUACUUUUCACCUGCGAACAGCUAUACUGAUAUAGGAGAAAUAUUUAAGGAGAAGACUUCUAGUAGUUCUGGUUCCUUUGAAGGACAAAUAUCUCCACCUGUAAAAGAUCAACCACAGUAA